AGUACAUCCGAGAACAACAUAUAAUCCAGUCAGAUUGUGUGCGAAAACGUCCACUUUGGGAUGAGCGACGAUUGCAUCAAAGUUAACUGAUGAAGUGACCGCACUCACUGCUCAUUGCAUCCGCCUUUAGCCCAACAACGCAGCAAGACACGGACGUAAACCACUUUAAAAGCAUACAACAGUAGCUUAUUGUAACCAAUUUCACAGUCGGACGAGGCGCCAACUACCUACUACGAGGAUGCAUCCCCAAAUGCUAUCGCCGCACAAGCGUGCGACCACCUGCCUGUCACAGCGUAACCCAAGCAACGUAUUCCACACUGCAGUCACCACACCUCGCCUUCUAUCCCCGUCAACGGCUUGUCCCCUUGGAGUCAACGCCCGCAUUGCCUCCAUCGGUCGCCAUCCAUCCAUCGGCUCCGCUUCCCAGCACCUUCCCCGCGGCCUAGCACGUGACAUCCUGGCACAGCCUGGUAUCGAGGGCGACCCUCUUGCCUUCCUAGACGUCACAGAAGCCUACUGGCGGGCACUCCGAAACCAGAAGCACGAGCCCCAGAAGAAGGGCCCUACGGUCGUUUCCUACGCAGACGGCCCCCUCUUUCCCCCUCCUCCUCCUCCUUCCUCUUCCUCUUCUUCUUUUCCCGCAACCCCUCCUUCAAGCGCCGCCCAACAUGACUACGAUGUGGUUAUCUGUGGCGGCACGUUGGGCUUGUUCCUGGCGACGGCGCUGCAGCUGCGAGGCUGGCGGGUGGCCAUUGUGGAGAAACGCCUGGUGCAGGGUCGCAACCAGGAGUGGAACAUUAGCUGGGGCGAGCUGCAGGUCCUCGAGGAGCUGGGUUUGCUGAGUCACGAGGAGCUCCGAGCUGCGGUGGUUUCGGAGUUCAACCCCAUUCGAGUGGGCUUCGUGGGGGGACAGGACAUGUGGACCCAAGAUGUACUGAACCUGGGGGUGCAUCCCAAGAGGCUUCUUGAGUCCCUGCGGAGGCGGUUCGAGCAGGCGGGCGGGGUGCUGUACGAGAAUACGGCAUUCAAGGCGGCUGUCGUACAUUCGGACGGCCUUCGCUUGAAGCUUUCCCCCGGCGGAAGGGCCGCUCCGUUAGCGGUUGGCGACACCAACCGUCCCAACGGCCUCGGGCCCCCCGCCUCCGCUUCCUCUCCCUCCUCCUCCCCGCCUUCUACGCCCGCCACUGCUGCUGGCUCAUCCUCCCACUCCUCUUCCUCUUUCUCUUCCUCCUCCUCUUCCUCCGCUGCUUCUACACCUCUAGAAGCCACCAAGCCCACCACCACUCCCGCCACUGCGGCUGCUGCCGCUGCGCCCUCCGCAGCCCCCCGCUCGCUGACGUGUCGACUGCUGCUGGACUGCAUGGGGCACUACAGCGAGAUUGUACGGCAGAUCCGCGGGCGUGUCAAACCCGACGGCAUGUGCCUGGUGGUGGGCUCGUGUGCGGAGGGCUUCCCGGCCGCUUCCAACUCCUCCGCUGACCUGCUCUACUCUCUCAGCCACGCAAGCCACGACAUGCAGCUCUUCUGGGAGGCAUUUCCCGCGGAGGGGGGUUCCGCGCGUACGACAUACAUGUUCGCCUACAGCGAUGCGCACCCGGAACGCCCCACCUUCGAGCAACUGCUGGACACCUACUUUGAGAUGCUGCCGGGGUACCAGAACCUGCCCCUCUCCCAGCUGCGCUUCAAACGGGUGCUCUUCGGCGGCUUCCCCUGCUACAGCAACGGACCGCUGCCGCCCGCCUUCGACCGGGUCAUGCAGAUCGGAGACGCCAGCGCGGGCCAGUCUCCGCUGUCGUUCGGCGGCUUCGGCUCCAUGAUGCGACACCUGGGCCGCCUCACGCGGGGGCUGCACCAGGCUCUCUCCGAGGACCGCCUCUCCCGCUCCCACCUCUCCUGGCUACACCCCUACCAGCCCGCCCUCUCCGCCUCCUGGCUCUUCCAGCGCUCCAUGAGUCUCGCAGUGGGCCAAACAGCCUACCCGCCCGGCUACCCGCAUGCACCGCCCUACGCUGCUACGGCUGCUGCUGCCGCGGCGGCGGCGGCGCCGCCGCCGCAGGCGACGUCUGAGGCGAUUGCUGCGCCGCUGCUCUUGGGCGCGGGCGCGGGUCCGGCGGCUGCGUUCCAAGAGGCGGUUGCGAUGGCAGCUGCGCGGUUCGCAGCGGGUGCGGCUGACCCCGAGGAUUACCUCAGGGAGGAGGAGGAAGAGCAGCAGCGAGAGGCGGGUGCUGCUGCUUCUGCAGGCGGGCAGCCCCUGCAAGUGCUGAUGAAGCAGCCCCAGCCGCAACCCCAGCCCCAGCAGCAGCAGCAGAAGCCGGCAAUGGCAGCAGCCUUCGAGCGGGAUUUCCGUACGGCACCCGACUGGGCCCGCUUGCCGUACACCCACGUGAACGAAAUCCUGGGCACUAACUUUGGCGUGAUGGGGCUGCUGGGGGACCGUGUGCUGCGGCCCUUCCUGCAGGACACCAUUCAGCUGCUGCCGCUGAGUGUGAGCAUGACGGGCAUGAUGCUGGCUAAUCCAGUGACCGUUAGCCGCGUUCUGUUGCAGGUUGGGCCCCGCACGCUGUUCUCCUGGUUCGGACACUACGCCGCGCUGCUGGCCUACACCCUGUCGUACGCCGUACUUCGGCCUUUCCGCCGCUUUGUGCCGUACUACGGCUUCCAACGGCUGCUAGACGCGCUCGAGUACGGCAGCGGCUCGGACUACCGCUACCAUGCGCCCGCUGCCGCCAUUCCU